GUACUAAGAAAAUCAAAUUGAAAUUCAGUCCUUUCUGUUGAAGAAUUGGUGAUUGAAGGAGUAGGACAAGGCAAAAGUCAGAAUUGGUCGGUCAUACAUAAUUUGAGACGAAGAGGAUUGGAGAAUAGCAUGGCGUUGCAAGCAGGCGUGAACACCUCCAAGGUUCUCAUUCUGGUCGGAGCCGGUUUGAGUGGUUCUGUUUUGCUGAGGAGUGGCCAGUUAUCUGGUCUCAUCGCACAGCUUCAGGAGUUACUCAAGGGCGUCGACGAUGCUGAGAUUUCACCCGGCAGAUACGACGCUGCGCUUAUUGCUGCACAGAUUCGAGAGCUAGCACAUGAGAUUAGGGAGUUGACGUUGUCUCGCCCUGUGACUAUCUUCAAUGCGAAUUCUUCUUCAUCUGGGGGUAUUGGCUCUUACAUACUACCUGCUGCUGCAAUAGGAGCUAUGGGAUAUUGUUAUAUGUGGUGGAGGGGAUGGUCAUUUUCUGAUGUAAUGUUUGUGACAAAGAGGAAUAUGGUUAAUGCUGUAGCAAUUGUGUCAAAGCAAUUAGAAAAUGUACACGAAACAUUGGCAUCAACAAAAAGGCAUCUAACAAAGAGGUUGGAAGGUCUUGACUUGAAGUUGGAAGAGCAUAAUGAGUUGGGUCAACUUAUAUCAAAUGAUGUGAAUGAAGUGAAGUCAAACCUUUCUCAGAUUGGAUUUGAUAUUGAAGUUAUACACAACAUGAUUUCUGGGCUGGAAGGGAAACUCGAGCUUGUUGAAGGCAAGCAGGAAAUGACCAAUUCAGGUCUCUGGUAUUUAUGCCAAUUUGCUGAUGGAUUUAGCGACAGACCAAAUGGUUACAAGGAUAUUGCAGAACCGACAACUAGUACAGUGACGACACUUGAGAAAAAAUCACUCCAGGGUUUACAAUUCAUUGCUACAACUAGUGACACAGCUGAGAAUUCGUCCAUAAUAACAAAGAAAGUUGGUCUCAUUUCUUCAAAUGACAAGGAACCUGCUUCGAAACAAAGAAUACACAGGUCUUUUCCUUUGGGCAUUGCUGUGAGCAAGGGCCUUACUGGGUUGGCGAGCGAUUAGUAUUUAUUCUGAUGAACCUGCUCGAUCCCAAUAGAUUCAGUACUUCUCACAUGGAGAGCAGAUGGUGAUUGCAAUAUAUCUUAAAAUGUAUGAAACAUUAAAGGAAGAAAAGAAAGGAGAAUUUCAUUGAUAUAUUAUGAUAAGGAAAAAAAAUCUGAAUACAAUGACUAGAUCAUUCUUUAUUUAAACAAAAGAAGGGUAUAAAAAAUAAAAAACCAUAUUCUAGGUGACGCUCCUGUGUCUUCUUUGCAGUCCAUUGCCUGCUGUGGUUGUUAGGUCAAGGUGGCGCAGCGGAAAAGAUUGUGCAGGGAUGAUAUAAUUGUUUUGCACUUGCUGAGUUGGCAUAUUUAGUGCUUCACGGGAAGACCCAAUAUCACCUUUGUGAAAUGUACUUGUUGUUUCAUUGAUUUGAUAAUUUGACAUUCCCCACAAACUGGAGCAUGGGAAAUAUCAAUCAUGCCCAGCUUGGAAAUGAAUGGUGUGAAGAUUGUAAGAGGUAAUGCUUUUGUAAAGAAAAUCAGCUAGUUGUUCUUUGGAUAAAAUUGAUAGUAAACGCAAGACUCCUCUUCAAGUUUUGUUCAAACAAAGUGACAAUCAAUCUUCAAUUUUCAA